AUGCCUUAUGUUCCAGAACCCAAUGAAUUGGUGGCUGAGAAACAAGUUCCUGCAGACACAUUGAGUUCGUAUCUACCUCGUGUGGACCAAUUCUAUAUCCCAGAAUGGCUAACUAUGCAAUUUGUUGCUAAUAAUAUGGUUAGUUUCACACCAUUACUUUCAUAUGGAUCCACAGUAUUAAGUAUUGAACGGUGUAAGACUGCUUUAGGUUUUUCAAUUGACAUUUGUGCGACUAUGAUGAUUGCAAGCAUACUCAGGGUGUCGUACUAUUUGAUCACGCCAUAUGAAAUUACUCUGUUAAGACAAUCACUUGUUAUGAUAUUUAUUCAAUUAAUUUUAUUGAGAACAAGUUUGAAAUAUCGACCUGAGGAAUAUAGAUAUGAUAAUUUGAAAGAUGUAGAGCCGUUGAGUGAAUUAUUGCAGAACGUUUGGUUGGAACAAUUCGGCACAAACAGACCGCAUAUUUUCAGUGAUGACUGGAAGCAAUCUUUAAUGGAAUUAUCAGCUAGAAAUGUGGUGAGAUUUGUGUGGAAAAUAUUUUUGGUCUUUGCAUAUAAAAUCUUGAAAUUUUUCGACCCCAGUUAUAAACGGGUGUUUGCCUUUUGGCAAUGGAAUGAUGAUAGAAUAUUUUGGAAAUUUUUAAUGAUAUUUUCCAGCAUUCAGAUUUUGGUAACUUUAUUUAUAUGUAAGCUAAUGAACUGGGAUAAACUAGCACAAUACCUUGGGUCGAUCAUUGGGUCUAUGGGGUUGUUAGUGGAAUCUUUAUUACCUUUGCCUCAGAUUUCAAUUUUGAAUAAUCUGAAGUCUGUACAAGGUUUCAAGCUAAUUUUAUUAGUCAGUUGGCUUUGCGGUGAUACGGUGAAGAUUACAUAUUUGGCGUUUGGCGCUAAGAAUAUAUCAGUAUUAUUCUUUUUCUUUGCAUUUUUUCAAAUGUUUUUAGAUUUCUAUAUUGCUGGACAAUAUAUUUAUUAUAAAUAUUACUACAAUAAGGACAAAAAUGAUGGGACUCAAGAAGAAGAUAUCGAGUUAGAGACCUUUGACUCAUCGGCCAAGGACAAACUCGUUCUCUCUUCCAAUGAUACAAAGUCGCAUUAUCCUGGAGUAAAUGAGGCAGAGAGGUCAUUAGUUAUGGAAAACAAAACAGAUACACCGCCCCCAUCAGUGGUAGGAGGACCUUCUCGUAGAUCUUCCACAAUAUAA